CUUCCGCGCGGCUCGCCCGUGUGUUUCUAUGUGCUAGACCUUCAUCAUCAAAACCGACUUUCCGAUACGAAUUUGGAACGUUUUCGACCGGUAAUGUCGGUUUAACUGUCGCUUUUAAACAGCGGCUUCUGGUGACCGCCUAAAUUUCGCAUUGCGAAUUGGACGUGCAAUUGCUUCACUCUGUUACGUUAGUGUUAACAGAUAACUGUGAAGAAACGUGUGUAGGCUUUCAGUGUUGUGCGCUCAGCAGAUUUAGUGCUUUAUCUGUGCAGUGGAAUUGGAGCAUGUGUUUUGUGGAAAGUGCUAAUUUUGCUGUUUGGUACGAAACUUGCGAUACGUUUCACUGAACUCGAAACAAAAAGUGGUUUUGUGUUUGAGUGCAUGUGACUACCGGAGUAUUGAUACCCAUAGCUUUCCCCCUGUCCCACUUGAUUAAUGGACACCUGCAACACAAACCUGAGACCGAACAGAGGGGACACGAACGGAAACCCUCCAAAAUGUAACCACCGAACUACUGGCCCCAUCCAGAACCAGCCGACAUCAAAUUCAUGAGUCUACCAAGAUUACAUGAUCCUAUUUAUUUAUUUAUUUAUUAACGAAUCUAGUCGCAAUUGCACUUUUUAAACACGAAAUUUAGUGAACAUAAGGGAAUCAAUUAGUUUUUGAGUACAAAGAUUGAGGAAUUGAUGAGAAACAAAGGAACGCUAACAUCGAUUUGUCGUUAAAUUGAUUACAUUAGAAGUUCCAAGAAGAAGAUUCAAAAUGUCUGCAAGUUUUGAACACUCCACAAUGAAAAACAGCUUCUCGUUGUCAUCUCUGAGGAGCGGGCCAGCGCCGCCCGGCGGCCACUCGGAGCAACUCGAGCGGCCUUACCACAGUCUCACCAAAAAGAGGAAAGAGCCGUGCCGGGAGGCGUGGCGGCGUAGUUGGGGCUCGGCAGCUAGCGGGGGCAGCUGCGGGGACGACCUGUGGCCUCUGCUGCAGCACCACUACGAGUACAUCAUGGACAACCAGAUCAUUGACACUUGCAAGGAAGCAAACGGCGAAUUGUUAUCGCACAAUUCAUCAGCUUUGCAUCAGCCCCGCCUUCUGAAUCCUACCACUGGGUUCAACCGUCAAUGGUCGCUCAGUCAGCUGAUAGCCGAGUUCAAAGAGUUAUGUCAGUGGCUAACACAUGUUCAAGAGGAAAUAUAUUCUAGUCCCGAGAAUUUGACCAGCCGGAAAUUGAGGAUGAAUCGCAUGUCCGAGUUGGUGUCAGUGGAGCCCCGCCGAGUCAAGUUUAUGGAGCAAGCGGACGCUAUCCUUGAGCGGCUGCCCGAAGCUAGUGCCGAGGUAACAUGGCGUAUUGAGCAUUUGAAAGUGAAAUGGGAGAGUCUUCGCUUGUUGCUCAAUCCAGAACAGUUGCAUAAAGAUGGCGACGGAUCCGACACUGUUGAUCCUGGUCACGAGCUUCGCUGUCUCCGUCGCUGGCUUCACUGUAUGGAAGGCAGGCUGCCCCCGCCUUCAUUGGCGGCUGCGCGAGCCGCCUCCUACCAUGAACUGGUCAGGAAGCUGAAGGAACACCAGGUAUUACAACGCGACGUGGAAUGCCAUGGUAGGAUCGUGAGCUCGGUGGUGCGGCUGUGCAAUGGCGCUGACGCUGCGCGCGCGCUAGAGAGGCGCUGGCAUCUCCUGUACCUGAGGGCGAUCGAGUGGCAGUGUCAUCUGGAGGCGUGUCUGACGAGGAUUGAGAAUCAGGGCGGGGCUUCAGUGGAAGUUGCAAGCGACAGUGACGACGAACCGGCGCUAAAGCAACCACGACUCAGCCGGCGCGGAUCCCCGAGGCAACGGACACCAGUCAAUGGUAGACGAAGACAACGUUCAGUCGACAGCCGACAAUCCGCCUCUGAGGAGGAACAAGAAUAUGCUGUAAAGUACACUUGGCGAGGCUUUGAAUCGGACUGCGAAUCAGAAUUAGCGCGUCAAAACGGCAACAUGGCGGACGAGCGACGAGUGCCCGGCGCAUGCGACGCUGUCAACAACAGACCCACCGACCAGAUUGUACCUGUGACAACGGACCAGAUUGACGGCCUAGAUGUAAACAAUGCAAUGCAUAUUGAGGAGAAAAUGAAGACACCACCGACAGUUAUCAAAAGGAAAAAGCCAGUCGAUUCAUCGAAAUUCAAUCAGACGGAUCGGAAAUCCAAACAUUGCGCGACAUUUUACUUCAGACAUCACGACACGGAUUCAGACAGACAAAUGAUUGAAACAGAUGAGAAAUCACAGGAAGAAUCAUCAGAAGAAGAAUGGACAUACGUUGGUGGUGCUAAAAUUGCGAACGAAGAUUCGACUGAUUUAAUGACGUCAUCUGUUGAAAUACAAUGUGAACUACCCAUUGAUAACAAAGACAAACCUCCAUCGCCUAAACCUAAAUUAGAAUCUUCAACUCCGGAUCUUAUAAAAAUCGAUAUAAAAUGUAAAGAUACUGAAAGGUGUAAAGAUAUAGAAAGAUUGGUUAUUCAGGCAGAGGAAUUGGUACAGAAACAAGCUCAGCAGAUGUCGAAGAAGAAAGGAUCAAGGAGUUUUAAACCGUUGAUGUUUGAAGAGGAAGGAAAAAGUGUGUGCAGAGCGAAGAUGUCUAGGAUCAAAGAGUGGUUGAAUCAAAGUUCGGAAGGAAAAGACGAUAGUAACCAGGGCGCAGAAAGCUAUGACGCUUCGGGGGAGUACACAACAGAGAGUGAAGUGGACACGUCACUGACUUCAGAGGAAAGGAACCUGCACUCUUCUAUGGACAUGAGCACUUCUACCUGCACCGUCACACCUACACACUAUCCUAAGGUGCAACUUCGCAAGAAGCGGGGCGGCAACAGCGCGCGUCCAUGGUCCGUCUCCUGUCUCUCUCAGCUGAGCGCGACGGGCGUAUCUCUCGCGGCCACUCCCACGGCCGGCGACGUUGCCGCUAUGUCGCACAACAUGUCGAUAUCUGAAUCUGCUUUGAACACGCUGGCGUCUCCUCAGAGAGUCACUCCGACUAAUUCUAACUCUAAACUGAGAGGAAGUUCUACUACUGUACAGGGUCACGUCUCAAGCACAAACACCAUGACAGAGGCUUGCACAUCGUGCGUAGAGACUAACGACAAGCAAUGCUGGCUGCGGCGGAAGAGAUUGAAGUUGAGGAGACACAACGCCUCUAAUACGAGAAGAGAGAGAUUGGUCAAGUCUCUCUCGUUUUGUGGGAGAAUGAGUCCGGAGAUUGAAGAUAAAAAUGAGAGGAGCGCGGCUAGUGACCCCGCCACUAGUAGAAAGAGCAGAUUCGACACCACAUCGACCUCGGGCAACGACAGUGAUGACGAACUUCUUAAACAACAGUUGGCCACUAUUGCGAACUUGCGAAAAAGCAUUGAGAAAACCCACAUAUCCUCUAUAGAGCCCGACAGCGCCAUCCCUGAGCAGAAUGAGGAAAUAGUCGCGCCGAGUUUCAAACUAGGGCCGGCAGGUGGCGCUGUUAGGCCGAGACUAGCAAGGAGUUCGGAAAGGGAAAGAUCCUUUUUGGCGCUUAGCUUGGGAGACCCUAGUGAAUUGUGGGAUUUGAGCGUGGAUAAAGACUCGGACAUAGAUAAGAGUGUGACGGCGGGAACGGAGGAGCAUAGUUCGUUUUCGGAGCAAGCUUGGGAUUUCUAUCAGGAGAAAUACAAUUCGGAGCCCUAUUCCGAAGCCCCAGACUCCGACGCGGCUCGUCGAUUGCUCGAAUUCGGCGACGACUACCGAGCGUUCCUCGACUCGCAAUCCGAUUGCUGCUCGAGUCUCUCAGCACAGCCAGAAAACGAACAAAGCCCAUCAGGCACUCGCAGGCGACGACCCCCGUCAGACUUGUCACGAGAGAGAAGCCUGCCCCGCUACAAGCGACCAACCAGAACCUCCCCAGUCGAAACCCCAGCAAGGAAACCCAAAAAAUCCAUAUCCAGCGCAGAGCGCAAGAAAUCCCUACUCGACAGUCUUGAAAGGUCCAGAAACAACACGAGUAUCGAAAGCAACGACGGCGUCCGCAGACGCAAACCGUCUGAAUGCAGCAAAAACACCAAACGAUCGCCCGAAUUCGAUUUGCUCAACAGCCAAGCGCUCAGCCGGAGGCGACAUAGCUCAAACUUAACUAGUGACGAGAUAAACAGCUCGUUAGAAUACACCGAAGUGAACAAUCGUCCAGAUAUAUUAGACUCUCUGAACAGAAGGAGAAGGACAGAGAGAGAUGGAGAAACGGAAUUGCAAAAAAUUGCGUUGUCAGAAUUGAGAAGGCGUUCGACUGAGAGCGCCGAUUCGGAAGACGAGUCUUCGAGUCCUAAGAAGCAUAGUAGGAGGAAUUGGGACGGAGAUUCAGAUUCGGAGGCCGAAGAAGUUCGUUCGCUGGUUCGUCAGUCGAGUUCGCAGUUGGAAGCGGCGGAGGCUCUAAUGGCACGUCAGGACACGUCGCCCGACCUUCUCCGUGCUUUCGACUACACGGAGAUCGUUACGCGUUGCCGCGAUAACAUCAACCUUCUGGAUGCAGCGUUGGCGGGGGGAAGCCUCUCAGCAGCCCUGCAGAGAGACAUCAGAGCCGUAUCAGCAAGAUGGUCGGCCCUUCGCGCAGCAGCGACAAGGCGUGGUGGCGCCAGACGUCUUCGCCGAGAGAUGGCAGCACUGCACGAAACCCUGGAUGACAUCUGUGAUGCUGGCGACUGUGCCACGCAACCCCACAGUAAAGUCCAGCUCACUAGAAGGAUUGAAGAGCUCAAGGAGCGCCUGUCUCGUCUUCUAGAAUGUAAGGUGUCUAUGCUCAAACUGACCGUGUCUGUUCGGCGGGCACUGGGCGAGUUGGAGUCGGACGACAACGGAUUAGCCGCCGAGCUGAACUCACUGCUAGCCAGAUGGGAUGACGCCCAUCAACGCACGUCCAACGAACUGCUAUCACUAGAGAAGGCGGUAUGCGUAUGGGCCGAAUGGGAGAACGCUUUCCGCGAGCUACAGGGCGCGCUGAGAGGCGACUUGGCCACUUUGCAGGCACUCCGCGACCGUGGCGCCGCGGACGGAGACCAGACCGAGGUCGCAGCACAGAUUAAACAGUUAGCUGCUUCUUUGGUGGAGAAGAAAAAGGGUGGAUCCACGUGUGAUUCUCUUUCUGACUCCGGGAUAUCAGACGGAGACAGCGAAAGUGCCGGUGGUAGAGCGAGACGGCUUAAUGCUUUGAGGGAGUUAGCACGUCGUCUGCAAGCCGCCUUGGCACCGAAUUCACCAGCCCAUAAGGGAAUUGCUAAGCGUAUGGAACAAACUGAAAAUGAAGUCCGUAUCUUACAAGAGUCCUGUCGCGCUUUGGUGGAACAAAGCAUCCCAGAUCUGAAAAUUGAUGAAAACACUAAAGAUUAUAAUAUUGCUACCGUGGCUGGUAACAAAACUGGUGCAGGGGAUCCCGAUUACAGCCCAAGAGGAGGUUGGGUUUGGCGUGUUGUUCGCUCGUCUCUGCCCAUACAACUUUGCCUUGUCGCAUUACUUCUAGCCGCUUGGCUAGUCGAACGCCCAAGGUGCUGCGACGCCCUAAACUCCUUGGCCCAAACUCUUACUCCUCAACUGCGCUACGUAAGAGGACCACCACCGGUUUGAAUAUACACUUAUGUGUAUUUGUGUCUAAUGACUUAUCAGCUAUAACUUUCAAGAAAGUUUCUACGCUUGACUCUUUUAUUGCCAAGUUACAGUAAUGGUAUAAUAUGCCUAUUAGAAUUACAUUUCUGUAAGUGAUAACAGGAAAAGCAGUUCAUUCAAUUAUUUGAAUUAAGAAAUGCUUAUAUUCCUCGAAUUAUGAAGAAAAAACGUUCAAUCGUAUGAAUUUUUGAAGUGUGUACAACUUAUUAGGAAGUGGAUGACAUGAUUGUUAAGUUUGCUUGAGGCAAUACUAUGUUUACUUACUAACCAAUUUUGACGAGUUGUGAGUAGUCUGGAUAAGAUUGAUAUAGUAGGUUGAAAUUUUACUAACCUAUUUAAUUAGGUACAAAAUUUAACUGGACGAUAAAAUGUACUAAUUUUAAAAUAUGAUUUACCUUUCCUAAUUUAAAAAGUAAUUUGAAAUGAGAAUAGGUAUACUAAAUUUGAAAUAGUAUGGAACAAAUAAUUCCAAACCAGUACCUUCCUUGCUAAUGACGUAGUCUAAAAAGUUUAUUUUUAAUCAGACUAUGAUUCGUGACUCCAAUUGCUCAUAGCAAAGUUCAAAUAGAAAAAAAUGUUCCAAAAUAGAUCAUCUGUAUCAGAUGAAGUUCAAAGUAGUUAGUGCGUAAUAAGUAGGUAUUAUUGUACUAACAUGUUUGACAAACGUAAGUUCGUUUAGGAUAAUAGCAUGCCUAUUUUAGUACAAGUAUUUAAUAGGUUUUGUAAGGUGUGUAAGAGUGCGCUAAGAGAACUAUCUAAUGUAAUACAUAAUUUUCGAUAUCAAAUACAAAAUAUACAAACAUUUUGUAUUUAUUUUUCUAAAUUUAUAUCAUAAAAAUGUUUUCUUCUCCGGCGAAAAUUAAAAUUUAAUAAUUCUGAGGAUGUAUUUUUAUCAUUAUGUUCUUCGACGAACCAUCCGAAAAAAAAUUAUACUUAAUAUUUUAUAGAUAUACUUACCUAGAUAUUCUGUGUAAUAGUCUCAUCAAAAGCGAUAAUUUCUAAGCACCACUAAUCAUAACCAUAUCAAAUUCUAAUAAGGCCUAGCGCACACUACACUUUUGCUACAAUUUUCAUAUCAAAGGGUUCGAACAAAUUCAUUGUAUUGUUUAAAAACAAAUACUUACCUUUUGUAAUAACAUGAAAGUAAUAAUAGUGUACGUUAGCCAUUUGGUACAUUCACUUCACAUAAUGGGCGGCCUUAACUGAUAAUCAAAUCAACUGAAGACUGAUAAAAAGAGUGUUCCUCUAAAAAAAUAACAUUUUCGAAUCCAUGCAACCUGGACCUAUUUUUUACUAGCUAGAAUUAUGAGGUUGCUUAGUCACGCAAUGAUUAUUAUCUAUUUAUAGAUAUCUAUUAUUAUUAUUGACAUUUAUCAUGUUAUUUGUUGCGAUAUUGUCAAAGUAUUUUAUUUCUGCAAUCACAUUGCAUUAAUUUAUAUUUAUAAAUAUAUGAAAAUAUAUAUAUAUAAUUGAAAUAUACAUUUACCUAUGAUUAUCUCAUUUAUAACUCGAUUUUAUUUUACAUUCAAGUUAUACAUUGGACCAUCGGAAAUUAUAGAUCAAUAUGAUUGGAAAUAAUUUUGAUUAAAAUACAAAUCAAUAGGUUAACUUUAUUACAAACAAUAAAUAUACAGACAUGAGUAUUAAUAUAAUUGAAUUAAACUGAAUGCUGAUUAUAAAAUUAAACUAAGGCAUCAAUAUGACGAAAAAUCAAAAGCCAAUAAAAUUAAGAGCCUUUACAUUUUGUAAGAGCCAUUUUUCAACAUUAAAUGUUCAAAAUAAAAAGUAAUCUAUAGAAAACAUCGUAUGAAUUCUUAAUAAAAAAAAUAAGGUAAACGUUGACAACGUAAUUAAAUUAAUGUAAUAUCCAUCAAAAAAAGAAAAAUAGAACGUUCUAAAUACUUAAGUAUGAACGUAGUGUGGCGCAUUCUUGCUAUAGAAUGUAUAAGUUUAAAAAAAACAUCUUUCCCUGUGGUUUUUUAAUUUUUGUCUCUCCAUAUUUUGUGGGCUUUUGAGACCACAGCGAAGGAUUGAGAACAUUCUAUAACUUCAUUAUAGGGCAAUUGAUGCCUAUGUAGUGUGUCAUAUUUCCUUUUAAUUUUUGUACUUUAGUUUUUAACUAGGUAAUUGAAAGAUAAUAGACAUGCUAAGAAUGUGCAUUUAAUUUUUUCUUUAUCUUACAGGAAAUGUGAGCAUAAUAUGUAAUUGGUUGCAUAAUGGCAUGUUGGCUUUUGGAAUGGAAUAAAAAGUAAUUUUGAAA